ACAUCAAUCACUAUUUGUACCCUUCCAGCCGCCUUCCACAAAAAACAGGAAAAUCGCCCAAAAUGCCAUGCGAGGAAUGUUUAUUUAUAAUACCAGGAUAACGCGCCUCCUUCGGCGACCUCAGCUCACUGCCGCAUUGCCGAGUGCAUUUUGGAAGCACCUCUCUGGUCUGGCUUCGUUCUCGUGUUCGCGGUUCCCUUGUUCUGGAGAACACACUUGCAUCCUGUGCGUUAUGCAUGCUGAGGUGGAGCUAAGGAGGCGUUCUUAUCUACCGUCUACCGUGCUUGUUCUUCGAGAACUAUUUUAAGAGUGCUAAACUGUGUAACAUCGUAUAAAUGUGCAGGAUAUUUGUUCCUGGAAAUAACACGGUCAAGGUUAUAGACAUUUUUAGAAAUAAUUAUUACUUGUUAGUGAAGGAGAAUGACCCGAAAAUUAGAAUGCAAGACACGGAUUAAGAAGUGAAAGCAGAACAGAGUGAAUGAUAUAACGGACAGCAUUUUUUACCGGUAUCUUGUUUUUUAUUAUCGGACUAAUAUAAGUUUGCUUUUGAGAGUACUACAUGAUGAGCCGAUGGUCACGUAUCGCGCUCAUUGUUAUUAUUGUCUUGCACUCUUUAUUCUGUGUUCAUUUUCUUCACCUCAAAGGACGUAACACUCGAUAUAACUUGAGUAAGCUGGGCAGCAAGGAGAGCCCGUCGCUCUUCGCUCCCCUGGUGAUUACCAUGUGUGAGUCCUCAGAUGCAGCUCUGGAAGAGGGCGAAAAUAUGACGGACAUUAUCAGUAAAGCUGAUAACAGCAGCGAUGCAGCAUUCAAGCUUCGCGGAUCAUGGAUAAGACAGCGAGACCAAGUGACAACGCUGCUGAAGACUCUCCUGCUAUUUAGCAAGUCCCCUUUGUGGCGCAUCAUUGUGCUCACGGAUAACCACAACACCUUCGACAAGAUUGUCAAAAUAGCUGAUGGUUUUCCCAGUCGAGAACGAGGCCGUUUGCUUUUGGAACGUCGAGAUCAGUGGUACCCCCCCGCGCACCCGGAACUGCGUGACGACUGGCGGCCCUGUGCUUGGGCAAAGCAGUUCCUGGCCGAGGCGCUCCCCGACGAAGACGCUGUGGUCUAUGUGGAUACAGAUGUUGUGUUCCUUGGGCCCGCGGAGACAAUGUGGAGCCUUUUCGGGUCACUAGAUCCCCAAGAGUUAAUCGCUUUGUCCGUGGAGCCGCAAUACCUGUUCGACGAACCGAAACGCUUCCACGCUGGCAGUAUCGGUCUCAAUACUGGCGUGAUGGUGACUAAUCUCACGCGCCAAAGACAACUCCCCGGAGGAAGUCUAGGCUCGGCGAUGAUUCAAGCGGGGCUUCUCAACACACGCUACCUGUACCGACAUGAUCAAGAUGCCCUCAACCACUACCUGAAGAAAAAACCUCACCUGUUCCUGGAAAUAUCGCCUCGCUGGAACUUCAUCGUCGGUGCCUGUAACCGUAAGGCUCCGUACUGCGAGGACUGUGUGACUUACGGAAUCGUGGUUCUCCAUGGAGCCGAUGCCACUUUCUACAGGCCCAUCGACAGGAAGUUUCUGGCGAUAUACGACAGUCUUCUCCACAUGUCCCUGGAUGAGGACCCGCGUCGUCUCUUGGCCAAGAUCAAAAGGAAGCUCGAAGCACUGGACUACCUGAGCGUGAAGGACUUCAUUUGCCACUCUUAUGCUUUGUUUAAUCAUGCUGUGACCGCUAGCCUUUCUCGCCUCACUAGUUCAUUGCCGUGUAACCACUGAUUGCAAGCAUUACCGGUACAACUCCACGUGAGUAGAUUCUCGAUGUCACUUUGGAGGCGCUGGCAAGAAACGUCGUUGUCAGUUUUUGUAUCAUCGCGUCGUCUGAACAUUAAAUUCAGUUGUGUAUUUAGGUUUUUGAAUUGCAUAGUAUAUCAUGUAUCAUAUCUUUUUGAUACAUAAACAACACAUCAAGACAUUUCAUCAUCGGUAGUUUUAUAGGGACAAAUAAUCCUGUUCAGUUGGGAGUUGGGAUCCUUUUCUACCUGGGCUUAUAUUUGACCCUAAAUCAUUAACGAAAAUAAUAAAAACACAAUCGGUACCAAGACCGUUCCUUGAGGCACUCCACUGGUUUCUCGUCGCCACGAAGAAUGCUUCCCUCUAAUUACGGUCUUCCAUGCAGAAAGUCUCUCAUCCAUUCGGGGAGUUUGCUUUUCACUCCACCAAGGUGUUCUAAUUUCCACAAUAUCCUUU